AUGCCUAGAAAUCGUCGUAGUAUGAGUCAACCUCCUCCAAUUCCAAGUGUGAUCAGAUCAGCUACUGAUCGUUUAAGAUCAAAUCAUCAUUUAUCGCCAACCCAGUCUGUCACGCCUCAAUCUAUCUUAUCUUCUUCUCAUCCUACUCCUACUCCUACUGUCUCCCACCCCCUUUCAGGUGAUUCCAACAACAACAACCUAGCUAACAGUAUCCUUCGAAACAAUCAAACGGUGGCUGAUCUCAGUACCACCAUCAAUACUACCGAUAACACGCCCACCUCAUCAUCCGAGAUCCCUUUGAGUGAACCACAAGUACAAACUCCAUCACAAGUUCAAUCUCCAGCUCAAUCAACCAAUCAAACCGCUCAAUCAACCAAUCAACAACCUCAGACACUCUAUUCUUUAAGACUUGUGCCUCAUCUUGAUGCGACCAGGUCAUUACAUUUUGAACCGAUUGAAAGGAAAAUCGCAUCAUCUACUUCAUUAAAGAUUGGAAGAUUUACAGAUCGUAGCUUGCCUAAUAAUGAAAUCAAUCUCAAUGAUAAUCGAAUCGCAUUUAAAUCAAAAGUCGUCUCAAGAGGUCAUGCUGAUAUCUUUACAGAUCAAUCGGGUCAAUUCUUUAUUAAAGAUACUAAAUCUUCAUCAGGUACCUUUUUGAAUCAUAUCAGAUUAUCUGCACCAGGUGGUGAAAGUAAACCGUUUCCAUUGAGAGAUGGUGAUGUUUUACAACUCGGUGUGGAUUAUCAAGGUGGAACUGAAGAGAUUUAUAGGUGUGUGAAGAUGAGAGUCGAAUUGAAUAGAGGAUGGCAACGAGCUGCUAAUAAUUUCAAUCAACAAGCUUUGGCACAAUUGAGAGCAUUGGGAGGAGAAUCUAAUAUCUCGGAUUCAAAUUCAUCAGCAAACAAGGCCAACAAGGAUCCAUCUAAACCAGAACCUCUCAAACCUGUAUCAGACUGUUGUAUCUGUUUAUUCGGUGUCACAGUCUGUCAAGCACUCUUUAUCGCACCAUGUUCACACGUUUAUCAUUUUAAAUGUAUUCGACCUUUAUUACAAAUGCAUCAUCCGGGUUUUAGUUGUCCGUUAUGUAGAACGUUUGCAGAUUUAGAAGCUGAUGUGGAAACUGAAGAUCCACCUGAACCUGAAGUUCCUAAAUCAAAUCCAAAUGGAACAGGUCUUGAAACUCAAUUGGGAUCACCUGUUGUGAUUUCUGAUCAGAUCGUGAUAGAUGACUUUAAUCAAUCGAGUCAAAUGGAUGUUCAAGCUACGGCUGUUGGAAUGACAAAUGUUUCAACUCCUCAUGAUAUCAAUGCACAGAAUCGUGAUGAAGAUAUAGUUAUGGAAGAUAAUACACUUUUCCCUGAUCGAACAUUACAUACUUCACCUGAUUUGAAUGGAUCAUCCAAUCCGACCAAUCUAAGUGGAUCAUCACUUAGUCGACAUGAUACACUUCAUACACCUAUCAUUAGAUCUACCACUUCUAAUAAUCAUCAUCCAUUAUCUAAUUCAUAUCAAGAAGGUGGUAGUAAUGGACAUACGGUUAUUGAUAGAGCUUUGACUGGACCGAACGGUCCUGGAACGCUUAGGAAUCAAACUCAGAAGAAAAAAGAGGAUGAACAGAUGGAGUUGUUGAAUGAAGAACCGCUUUAA